UAUCUUUUGUAAGCUAAUGCAUUGACAAUUCUCAAAUCUGCACACUCAUGAGCGCAGCCUGUUGUAGCGACUAGCAGUUACAGAAUUUUUAGUAGCGUUAUCAUAAUUUAAUAGUAAUGAAAGAAGUUAAAAAUUCUGAUCGUCCAAAAUAUGGAGGUGGACCGCAUAAUUUGGGAGAUCCAGAAGAUAAAUAUUUAAGAAAAGUAGAGAAAGAUGUUCUCAUACCACAAAAAAUGCGAGAUAAAGCAAAAGAAGAAAAAUGCAUUCAAGAGGUUUAUGAGUUCAAUCUAUGUUGUAAAAAUGCUAGUUAUCUUAUGCCAUUUAAAUGUAAAAAAGAAAAUAGUGCAUUAAUAAACUGUUUAUCAAAAUGGUAUAAUGAUCCAAAAUUCAAAGAAGAAUGUACACAAGAAUAUUUAACAGAAAGAAGUGAAUACAGAAGAACUGGUAUUCCUAAAAAAUCAAAAUUAGGAAGAUUUGGAUCUUCAAAUUAAAUUAUAUAAUGAAUAUAUUAAAUUUAUAUUAGUAUUGUUAUUUUUUAUUUAGUAUAUUUAAUUGUUUAUUGUAAAUAAAAUGAAGC